AUGUGCAUUAAUCCUUUUAGACUUAUUGGAGUUGGAUUGUCGGUGUGGACACUUGCUACAAUUGGUUGUGGGUUUUCGGUUGAUUUUUGGUCGAUCACUAUCUGUCGAAUGUUAGUUGGUGUUGGUGAAGCCUCUUAUAUAGGUCUUGCAGCUCCAUUGAUUGUUGAGAAUGCUCCAGUAUCUCAGAGAACCUUGUGGCUGGGAAUAUUCCAUAUUAGCGUACCUGCUGGAGUUGCUAUUGGUGAUGUCUAUGGUGGAUUGGUUGGAAGUGGUUUAGGUUGGCGCUAUGCAUUUUUUGGCGAAGCAAUUCUAAUGCUUCCAUUUGCUAUUUUGGGUUAUGUAAUGAAACCUUUGCAAAUGAAAGGCAUGUCAAAUGCAAAAAUCAUCCCAUGGUUCUUAAAUGAAGAGUUCUCAAAGAAAGAUUACAGCUAUGUUUCAUAUACAUUAAAUCAGUUAUCAAGAUUUGGGCAAGAUAUGAAGGCUCUUUUGAGUGAGAAAGUAUAUGUUGUAAAUGUUCUAGGUUACAUAGUGUAUAAUUUCGUCUUUGGUGUAUAUUCAUAUUGGGGCCUAAAAGUUGGUUAUAACAUAUACCAAGUGGACAAUAUUGAUUUAUUAUUUGGAGGAAUCAUAAGUGUUGGUGGAAUUGUGGGGACAAUAGGAGGAAGUCUUAUUUUGGAUCGCAUAAAUUCCACAAUCCCCAAUGCUUUUAAGUUACUUUCCAUAGCAAUAUUUUUUGGAGCAAUAUUUUGCUUUAGUGCCUUUUGUUUCAGCAACAUAUACGUUUUCUUGGUUCUCAUUUUAAUUGGGGAGAUUCUUGUUGAUGCCAGUCAGGGUCCGGUGAAUCUUGUGUGUCUCAAUUCUGUUAAACCAAGUUUACGACCAUUAGCAAUGGCAAUAUCUACUGUGUCAAUUCACAUCUUUGGUGACGACAAAGUUGAUAACUGGAGGACAUCUAUUUUGAUCUCAACGUCAAUAUUGUUUUUGGCAGCCGGAAUAUGGUUUAUAGGUAUCUUUCUUCAUAGUGUCGAUAGAUAUGAAGAAGAUAGCGAGCAGCCAGAUAUGUCACAUUUGCUUGAAUCUGAGGUGGCUAAUGGAGAUAUUACUUCUGCUUUAUUAUGA